CCCAUGUUCCAAGACUGUGCGUACCCCAGCCGGUCGCUCUGGCAGACGCUGCGGCGCCGCCAUCUGCUGCACCCCUCCGGCAUCCCUCUCUUCAACCCCGACUGGACCUACCGCAGCCACCGCCCUCUCUCCCCCGCCGAGGCUCGCUCCUUCCCCUCCGACUGGGUGGUCGUGCUGGCGAAGCGACCAAAUUCAAGGCCACGGACUAUUGUGAAUUUUGAUGAGGUGGAGAAGGAGGUGGUGAGGCGGUUUGGGCGUGAGAGAGUGGUGGUGUAUGAUGGUUCGCUGCCUAUUCUGCAAGCCCGUGCGCUCCUCCUGCGAGCGCGUCUCUACAUAGCGGGCCACGGAGCCGCACUCACCAACAUGAUCUUCAUGCCGGAAAAGGCUUCCCUGUUGGAGAUUCGCCCGAAGGGAUGCCCCGUGCCUGUCUAUAAUGGUCUCGCCUCUGCCUGCUCACUGCGGUACCAUCUUGUGUUCAGCCAGGGGAAUUGUUCGUCCACUGUGGUGGCUGAUGUGGCGAGCGUGGCUCGGGUGCUUGAUGCAAUACAUGAUAGAUUCCAAGUUGAGGAUGGUACAGGUGGUGUAUUCAGCUGA